CUCGAAAAUGGCCACCGAAGUUGCGUCGCAGCCUGGUAUCGCUUUGGGCGUGACAGGAGACCGCUCAAGAUGGUGCGAGACAUGCCGUCUACAACAUCCGUUCACGACUAAUCUGCAGCAGGNNAAGCACCUAGACACAAUCCUCUCUCGCAAGGNNGGAGCCUUCACAGACGAUGACUUUGUGCCCGGCGAACGUGUUAUCCAGAGCCUUGAAUCUGCAAAGAUCUUCNNGGAGCUGGCGGCCUCGGAUGCGAAAUUCUCAAAAACCUCGCCCUCUCUGGUUUCAAGAACAUCGAUGUCAUUGAUAUGGNACACGAUCGACGUAUCCAAUCUCAACCGCCAAUUCCUCUUCCGCGAGACAGACGUUGGAAAAUACAAGGCCGAGGUGGCUGCUCGCUUCGUCGAAGAGCGCGUCAAGGGGGUCAAGAUCAACCCUUACUGCGGCAAGAUCCAGGACAAGGACGAGGACUACUACCUCCAAUUCAACAUUAUUGUCUGCGGUCUGGACAGUAUUGAAGCAAGAAGAUGGAUCAAUGCUACCCUGGUCGGAAUGGUAGACGAGGAAAAUGUCGACAGCCUGAAGCCAUUGAUCGACGGUGGUACUGAAGGUUUCAGAGGCCAGUCCAGGGUUAUCCUUCCUACUGUCACAAGCUGUAUCGAGUGCCAGCUGGAUAUGCACGCUCCUCGCGCUGCCGUUCCACUAUGCACUCUGGCUACCAUUCCUCGUCAGCCUCAGCACUGCAUCGAGUGGGCUCAUCUUAUUGCUUGGGAGGAAGAGCGCAAGGGUAAGAUUGAGAACAACACGCACGCAAUCAACGUACCAUUGCUGACCCUUGUUANNGACAUCACUCUCGACACUGAUGAUACAGAGCACAUCUCGUGGCUGUUUGCAAAGGCCCUGAAGCGUGCGCAGGAGUUCAACAUUCCCGGUGUCACGUAUUCAAUGACUCAAGGUGUAGUCAAGAACAUCAUUCCUGCAAUCGCCUCGACCAAUGCCAUCGUGGCCGCCUCAUGCUGCAACGAGGCCUUCAAAAUUGCAACUGGCACCAACCCAUUCUUGGGUAACCCCGGCGCAAACAACUACAUGAUGUACAGUGGAGACGACAGUAUCUACACGUACACAUUCGAACACGAAAAGAAGGACGACUGUCCAGUGUGCGGCAAUCUGGCCAAGGAGAUCCCUGUUAAGAAGGAGUGGACCCUGCAGGACUUCGUUGAGCACCUGGCCGAAAGACCCGAGGCACAGCUCAAGAAACCGUCGAUUCGCACUGAAGAGAAGUCGCUCUACUACUCGGCACCUCCCAGUCUCGAGGAGCAGACUCGUCCCAACUUGAAGCGCAAGCUGGACGAACUCUUGUCUGAUGGACAGGAGGUAGGGGUUAGCGACCCUGCUUUCACCAUCGACUUCAAGUUCAAGGUCCGCUUCACU